AGAGUGUUACAUCACUAACACGUCUCCCCAUGCGCGAUGUAUAUUAUUAGCACUGCCUGACUGUGGGAAAGUCCCUCGUUUGAUGUCGCAACAGGUGCUCCAAAGGGAAUUCCGACCGUGACGUCAUAUAGGAAAUUAAUCCUAGGAAAGGUCACGUGAUCUAUCUGCCAAAUGACAUGGUAUGGAUACUGAAAUAAUAGUGUGUGUAUUUUUGUGAUCACUGAUAGAGAGGGUUCGAGUAAACCGGAAUCUGUAUAAAGAAUCUCUGCUAGGGAACCUCUGAAUUCGUUCGGCAGCACCAACCUACAAGGACGCCAUCGCAGUGAGAGUGAGCUGCCGAGCAGACCGAGGCUUCGUCCGCCAUCAUCAUAAUAUACCAUCACAUCUCUCUCCUGCUCUUCCAUGUUGUUGUGGUACUCACAACAGGUCGUUCUCUCCGACAGUCGGAUUCACGACCGAUCGUGCACCGCAUAGCCUCGCUGACCCUAACGGAAACAUAUUCUUGUUUACAUUAGGGGUGUGCACGUUAUGCAAAUGAAAACACAUGAGAAUGUAUGAAGGCGGACCAGUGAUCAUUUAAUGUUGGUUAACAUUGACAGUUGACUAUUCGCUCACUAUCAAACACCACACCCGACGGGAGAACACCGUAGCUCGUGCAAUACUUUGAUCCCCCAUGGCCAGCUCCGAAGAAACCCCGAGCGACUGUCAAGAUGAGUCGUUCAGACAGAAACAAGGAACGAGGGUGUUUAAAAAGAGCAGCCCCAAUGGAAAGAUAACAGCCUACCUCGGAAAGAGAGAUUUCAUAGACCACCUGACUCACAUAGACCCAGUAGAUGGAGUCAUUCUGGUGGACCCUGAAUACCUCAAAGAAAGGAAGGUGUUUGCACACAUCCUCGCCGCAUUCCGUUACGGCCGGGAAGAUCUGGAUGUGUUGGGCUUGACCUUCCGCAAGGACCUUUUUCUCGCCUCCGUGCAGGUGUACCCACCGGUCAAGGACCAACAGAAACCACUAACGAGGCUACAGGAACGCUUAAUCAAGAAGCUUGGCCCAAACGCCUAUCCAUUCUUUUUUGAACUGCCACCAAACGCACCUGCCUCAGUUACCUUGCAGCCGGCGCCAGGAGAUACUGGGAAGCCCUGUGGUGUAGAUUACGAGCUAAAGACGUAUGUAGCAGAGAAUGCUGAGGAGAAGCCACACAAGAGGAAUUCUGUUCGUCUGGCUAUACGGAAGCUGACAUACGCCCCUGUGGAACCAGCCCCUCAGCCCAGUGCCGAGGCCACCAAAGAGUUUAUGAUGAGUCCGGGCAAUAUCAAGCUAGAGGCUUCCUUAGACAAAGAAAAAUACUACCACGGUGAAAAUAUCGCUGUUAAUGUUCUGGUGGACAACAAUACAAACAAAACUGUGAAGAAAAUCAAGAUUUCAGUACGACAGUUUGCCGAUAUUUGUUUAUUCUCCACUGCGCAGUAUAAAUGCACAGUAGCUGACAUGGAACGAGAAGAGGGUUUUCCUAUCCAGCCUAGUCAGACCGGCUUCUGUAAAGUAUAUCACUGUACGCCACUGUUAACCAAUAACAGGGACAAGCGUGGCCUCGCGUUAGAUGGCAAACUCAAACACGAGGAUACCAACUUAGCAUCCUCGACCAUAAUGGGAGAUUCUAGUCAGAAAGAAAAUUUGGGAAUUGUUGUCUCCUACAAGGUCAAGGUCAGGUUAAUACUUGGAUUUGGUUCGGGGGACCUGGCUGUGGAGCUACCAUUUACCCUAACACACCCUAAACCUCCAGAGUCCCCGCCCUCUUCUCGCCCAGUCAGCCUCACCCAACAAGAUGGCGGGAAGGACGCACCUGUCGACACUAAUCUCAUUCAACUGGACACUAACAAACAGCAAGUCAAUGUUGACAUGCCGAAUAGUGAGAGCGUUGACGGUAAUUUAUGGUGAAAUGUUCCCCGAAUGCUGCCGUCUCCCGUUGUUAUGUACAAAUUUAUUACAGAAUGAAUACACCAUGUUUAUAACGUUGGUCAUAUUUUUGUUAUAUUUUUUCAAACCAUCUAAUCGGAGA